GGUAGGUUUUUGGGUUUUACAAAUGAUAGCUACGAGAGAGAAGAGCAGAGGAAUAAGAUGAUGAACAACACUGCUCUGAUGAGAUGCUCCCACACCAACGCACUGUUCAGAGCUUUCGGAGCCAAAUCCCGCUAUUCUUCUCUGUCAAUUUCUUCAAUGCCCAUCAACAAAGGAACUGGUGGGAAGAAGGCAUAUGAUGCAUUGUUGUUGGAUGCUGGGGGUACCCUUUUGCAAUUGGCAAAGCCAGUUGCGGACACUUAUGCCGCUAUUGGAUCCAAAUAUGGAGUAAUCAUGGAUCCAGCUAAGAUAAAGCAAGGAUUUAAGAGAGCAUUUGCUGCUCCGUGGCCUGAAAAGCUACGGUACCAGGGAGAUGGGAGGCCAUUUUGGAAACUUGUAGUUUCUGAAGCCACUGGUUGUGGAGAUGAGGACUAUUUUGAGGAAGUUUAUGAGUACUAUGCAAGAGGGGAUGCGUGGCAUCUUCCGGAUGGAGCUCAUGAAGCAAUUACUCUUCUGAAGGAUGCUGGAGUUAAGAUGGCUGUUGUAUCCAAUUUUGACAACCGCUUAAGGAAGCUAUUGAAGGAUCUUAAUGUCUUAAAUCUAUUUGAUGCUGUCAUUAUAUCAUCAGAGGUCGGAUAUGAAAAACCAGAUUCAAGAAUAUUCCAAGCUGCUCUAGAUGAAGUAAAUGUAGAGGCUUGCAAAGCCUUACACAUUGGAGAUGAUGAAAAGGCAGAUAAACUGGGGGCCAAUAACGUGGGGAUUGAUUGCUGAUAGAAGGAAGAAGUCUUGAAGUCUUUGGUUCAGACCAAGAAUGUGGUCUUCUAAGGAGGUGGAGGAUCGUGUUGCAACAUUACUUGAAGAACCAACAUUGGUUGGACGAUGGACAAGAUCUGGUGAGGGAGUCCCUUCAUCAUCUUCAUAGUUAGGAACAUCAUCUUUAUGAACAUACCCACCUCCAAAUUGCACAAUUUUCAUUUGCUUGAGGGAAGAGUCAGAGAUUUCAUUAGAAAGAGAAGUGCUUUGACAAAGCUCCCCCUCGAUUGGAACCUAUUUGUACUCACAUAUGCGAGAUAUGAGAAUAGAGUAUGGAAGAGGAUAUUGAGUAAGCUUCCUUGCCUUGAGCAUGGUUUUCAUAAACAUCAUUGACCAAUCAAUCAUAAUAUGAUUUGUUAAGCAGUAGAUGAUCAGUAGAUCGACUUCAUUGCAUUGAGCAUGAUUGGUGCCACGUGGGCACAAAAUCCAUACAAUUAGAUAGUGAAGCAGCCUUGCCUCAAUUGUGAGAGGGUCAACCAAUAACUUUUUGCUGAUUUGCAGAUCAGGCUGCCUUAAGAGAGACUAGUAUGUGAGAAUUAUGUUGAAUCCGUUGAUGUGAGUGGACAAGAUAGAUGUGCGUUAAGCGCACUUUCAAAAACAAUUUCAAUAGCAGAAAUCAUAAUUCAAGAAGAGCAUACGAUGUAAGCGCACUUUAGUGUAGAAUUAGAGAAGUAAACUUGAUUAGAACAAAUCUCCAUAAUUCAUUGUAAAUUAACAAGAGAAUCAACCUAAAAAAAAUAGUUUUUCAUGUGAAAAAAAAACUAAUACAAAA